AGACCCCUACAGCGACCGAUGAGUUUCUAUUUAGAUAAUCUCUUCCCGGUCCAAAUUCGGGCACGAAGGGCCACGGUUGUCCUGUCGCAGCCAUGGGAGACACCCGCAGAGCUCGCUUUCUGGAAUUAACGUUGAUGGGUCGUGCAGACCCUCCUGCGACAUGUGCCGACCACGGGGUCCCAGUAGCACCCACUUUUUAAAGAUAAGAACAGAGCACACUUUUAAACAUUGCAGAAUAGAAAAGAGGGGCAAAGUCUAACAAUGAAACCGCUUUGGACCACCUGCAGGCUGCUUAGCCGUUUAGACAGAUUUUCUGUAAAACCAAGCCCUCCUGUGAGCUUCUCUACUUCCUCUUAUUUGUGUAGCCAGAAGAAAAAAAACUCUUACGAAGCAGUAGACCAAGCGAAGUACUCUCGUUUAGUUCGCUCUGUCUUGUCCAGAGGCCCGGUCCAGACUCCAGAGUCCUUGUUCAAGGAAGAUGAUGUGCUCUAUGGUCCUGUGAGUAAGUGGAAGGUUCCAGAGUCACAGGCAAGAGUUCCACAACACUGGUUUCCUAUCUUCAAUGAAGAGAGAAAGGUGAAACCACACACAAAUGGUUCUUCAAGUCCUUUGAAGAUCCCUUUGCGAAGAAAUGUGAUACCCAGUGUGACCCGCAUUCUUCAGCAGACCAUGCCACCUGAACAGAGUUUUUUUUUGGAGAGGUGGAAACAGCGGAUGGUUCAGGAGCUGGGAGAAGAUGGAUUUGCAGAAUAUACUUCAAAUGUAUUUUUACAAGGCAAACAGUUCCAUGAAGCCUUAGAAGGCAUACUUUCACCCCAGGAGGACUUAAAAGGUGGAGAAGAGCACCCUCAGUGUGGCUACAUCAAAAGCAUCCAGCAUAUUCUGAAAGAAAUCAGUGGUGUGCAAGCUCUGGAGAGUGCUGUCCAACAUGAGGCCCUGAAGUACGUAGGGCUGCUGGACUGUGUGGCUGAGUACCAGGGCAAGCUGUGUGUGAUUGAUUGGAAGACAUCAGAAAAACCUAAGCCUUUUAUUCAAAAUACAUACGACAACCCACUACAAGUUGUGGCGUACAUGGGUGCCGUAAAUCAUGAUGUCCACUACAGCUUUCAGGUUCAGUGUGGAUUAAUUGUGGUGGCCUAUAAGGAUGGGUCCCCCGCCCACCCUCAUUUCAUGGAUGAAGAGCUCUGUUCCAAGUAUUGGGCCAAGUGGCUUCUUCGACUAGAAGAAUAUACAGAAAAGCAAAAAAGCCAGAGUGCUCCGAAGCCGGAGUAGAGCCAGGGUGUCACUUGGAAAUGCUGAGCAUUCCCUCUGUCUGGGAAAUCCACUGAGUUUCUGAAGAGGAGUGCCGAAAUCUGAGGGCUGCACUAACACAAGCUGAAGAUGUAGUGGGAUGGAUGUACUACUGAGAAGAGAGGCUGGAGGUCAGCCCUGACUCCAGCUGCAAGGCCUCUGGCUGUUUCUCGCCUGAGAGGAGGGCACUCGGAUUGGCAGCUGCCCAGGGACUUCUGGACUUCUUGCAAACCUGUGGGUCCCUGGCAGGAUGCCCAGUCUUUGAAUUGAGACCAGAAGACCAGUGAAGCAUCAUGUGCUGUGCGUGCUCUAGAGUUCUCAGGGGUGGAAGGAGCCCCGCACCCCAGGGUGUAGAGAGGGAGAGCAAGCACGUAGGCAUCAGCGCUGCAGUUUCCUAGAGGUGCUUUAUACACUCUGUGUCAUUAGGGAAACUUCUUACACUCAUCCAUAUCGAUUGUUUGGCCUGAGGAAACCUGGCUGCUGAGAGAGCUGGGCACGCGGCACAUCACUGGCUGUGCCUCUUUCCUUACCAGAGAAGCCCAGCAGCGGGAAGCGUGGGUGUGGAAAGCACCGUCAUUAGGGUUUGGGUAUCUGUUUCUGGUGUCAGCAGGCCAUGGACUACAAAAAACAGUGUUGUGGAACUUUCUAACUAAGAGGAGCACUGAUAUAACCCAUUAUUUUUUUCUGUUUGAUAGGUAAUAGAAAUCAUUGGCUGCUCUUGGAUUUGGGAGAGGGUUUUCUAUUUUAUAAAGUAAAUCUAGUAGCAUUUAAGUAACAGCUACUGACUUUAAAUUAUAAGUUCUACAAUCACAUUUAGUUUCAUUUAGUCAUAAAAAAAAUAAAAGAUAUUUAACUAAUUCAACAGUUAAA